CCCGUAGACGUCGGCGGGCUGGAGGUGGAAGGUGGCGUUGAGCAGCUCCUCCAGCCUGCGCGGGACGGCGUUCUCCCGGUAGUACUCCAGCGCCCUCUGCUUCAGCCUCUGCAGCUCCCUAGGGCCCCCACAGCCGCGCGGGCCGCCGUCUUCCCCCAUGAUGAAACACUGAGACUCAGGGCUAAGCAUCCCGCCCACGGCCACACAUCCAGUAGGUGAUGGAGAGCGUCGGCGUGUACGGAUUCUGUGGGUGCACAGCCAAGAGCAAAAUGAAGUGUGAUUCCAGGUGGGAAAUAGCCGCUUCAGAAACGGCCCCCACAUCUGCAUAUUCAUCUCCAGCCCGGAGUCUGGGGGACACAGGAAUAACGCCUCUGUCCCCUUCCCAUAUUGUGAAUGAUGCCGACCCCAGCGUCUCAGAGCAACAGGCAUUUCUGGUGGUGGUGGCCAUCGACUUCGGGACCACGUCCAGCGGCUACGCAUACAGCUUCACCAAGGAGCCAGAAUGCAUCCAUGUGAUGAGGCGAUGGGAAGGGGGCGACCCCGGCGUGUCCAACCAGAAGACCCCCACCACCAUCUUGCUGACUCCCGAGCGGAAGUUCCACAGCUUCGGGUACGCUGCCAGGGACUUCUACCACGACCUGGACCCCAGCGAGGCCAAGCAGUGGCUGUACCUGGAGAAGUUCAAGAUGAAGCUGCACACCACUGGGGACCUCACCAUGGAUACGGACUUGACAGCGGCAAAUGGCAAGAAGGUCAAAGCCCUGGAAAUCUUUGCUUACGCCCUGCAGUACUUUAAGGAGCAGGCACUGAAGGAGCUGAGCGACCAGGCAGGUUCGGAGUUCGAGAACGCUGAUGUCAGAUGGGUGAUCACGGUGCCUGCCAUCUGGAAACAGCCGGCCAAGCAGUUCAUGAGACAGGCCGCCUACCAGGCGGGCCUGGCCUCCCCCGAGAACUCGGAGCAGCUCAUCAUUGCCCUGGAGCCCGAGGCCGCCUCCAUCUACUGCCGGAAGCUGCGGCUGCACCAGAUGAUUGAGCUGAGCAGCAAGGCGGCGGUCAAUGGGUACAGCUCCAGUGACACAGUAGGAGCUGGGUUUGCACAGGCUAAGGAACACAUACGGCGUAAUCGGCAGAGUCGGACCUUUUUGGUGGAGAAUGUCAUAGGAGAAAUCUGGUCCGAGCUGGAGGAAGGUGACAAGUAUGUGGUCGUGGACAGUGGCGGUGGCACCGUAGACCUGACAGUGCAUCAGAUACGGUUACCAGAGGGACACCUUAAAGAACUGUAUAAAGCAACAGGUGGCCCCUACGGAUCCCUAGGAGUAGACUAUGAAUUUGAAAAGCUCCUGUGUAAAAUAUUUGGAGAGGAUUUUAUCGAACAAUUCAAAAUCAAGCGUCCGGCAGCCUGGGUCGACUUAAUGAUUGCCUUUGAGUCGCGUAAAAGGGCCGCUGCCCCCGACCGCACUAACCCGCUGAACAUCACUCUCCCCUUCUCCUUCAUCGACUACUACAAGAAGUUCCGCGGGCACAGCGUGGAACACGCCUUGAGGAAAAGCAAUGUGGACUUCGUGAAGUGGUCUUCGCAAGGGAUGUUAAGAAUGAGCCCAGACGCCAUGAACGCGCUUUUCAAGCCGACCAUCGACAGCAUCAUUGAGCAUCUCCGCGACCUGUUCCAGAAGCCCGAGGUGUCCACCGUCAAGUUCCUCUUCCUGGUGGGCGGCUUUGCCGAGGCGCCACUCCUGCAGCAGGCGGUGCAGACGGCCUUCGGGGACAAGUGCCGCAUCAUCAUCCCCCAGGACGUGGGCCUCACCAUCCUCAAGGGGGCCGUCCUCUUCGGCCUGGACCCCGCCGUUAUCAAGGUGCGCCGGUCCCCACUGACCUACGGGGUGGGCGUGCUCAACCGCUACGUGGAGGGCAAGCACCCACCCGAGAAGCUGCUGGUGAAGGACGGCACGCGCUGGUGCACCGACGUGUUCGACAAGUUCAUCUCUGCAGACCAGUCCGUGGCCCUGGGCGAGCUGGUCAAGCGCAGCUACACCCCAGCCAAGCCGUCCCAGCUGGUCAUCGUCAUCAACAUCUACAGCGCCGAGCACGACGACGUGAGCUUCAUCACCGACCCCGGGGUCAAGAAGUGCGGCACGCUCCGCCUGGAUCUCACUGGCACCGGGGGUCCCAACGUGCCCGCCCGGAGGGAGAUCCAGACCCUCAUGCAGUUCGGGGACACCGAGAUCAAGGCCACGGCCGUGGAUAUAGCCACCUCGAAGAGUGUCAAGGUUGGGAUCGAUUUCUUAAAUUACUAACUGAUCCUCCCCACUGCUGCCCCCUUGGACUCAGCUCACCUGCAUCUGCUGACCUCAACCCUGACUGUUCUUCCCUGGCCUUGCCCCUGCCAUCACCCCCUGAAUUUCAGCAGGGAGGAUGAGAACCACCAGGGACGGAAAUAACACAGGAUUUUUGAGGGCACGCUGGAGUCAGAAAAAUUGUGGGGAAUUAAGGAUGAGGUCUGGGAAUACGAAAGCAGCUAGAAAGGAUUCUAGAAAGGGAUUCUAGAAAAGCAGCUAAUUUCAUAGGGACUGAGCGGUGGAACCCAGGAGGGAAUCAGUCCAUUUCCCCAGCAGGGACGGAGCUGGCUUUGAACAGAUCUGUUGGUAGAAUUGAGAGGGCCCGACAGCUAUCUUUCUCAAUUCAAAAUGAGAUUUUUGAGCCAGGAGAUUCUUCAUCUCUUUGAGACUUUGCUUUUUCCAUUUUUUGAAUGGCAGUCAAUCUAAGAUGCCGCCCAUCUGCAGUCAUUUCUUUUCCCCAUCAUGUGAUUCAAAGUGGUGAUUCAGAAGGAACUUGGAGCAUUUUUUAGCUGCCGGGAGAAGACUGCCUACACGGGGCACUAUUUUAGGUUCUCAUCAUUUAAAUUCCAAAUCGGUUCAGGGAAGACUCACCGGGCCUCUGAGGGUUAGGAUGUGGCGUGGGGAGGGCAGAUGCCUCAGCUGUUCAGCAGGAAAAAACUCACUUCAAUGGAAAUAAAGAGCCUCUGACAGAUUCCAUAUUAUAUGCCAAGAUAGAAUUCUCAGAAUGUCAACUCCUGAUUUCUGAAUUCGUAAGUGAUUUGGGUUCAUCUCAGCAAGAGUCUAUGAGAAAAUGAGCUUGCAGUUUGCCUUGUUCACGUCACCAAGCUCAGGAGUGGAACAGCCCUGACCUUGAAAGUUGUACCUGUUUUACAUAAGCUCCCUCCUGCCUCCUCACACGCAUUUCCUUAGGAGUUUUCGCUAUUUAUUCCCACAUUUUGAGAGGACUACAUUGGUGACACGUGGGCAGAGAAUCUUCCAUUUUUAAAGUCUGUCCAAAAGGAAUUUGUAGAUGUUUCCUUGAUGAAUUAAACCAAGGCUUUUGAAAGCAAAUAUUCGAGGGCCCACCUGCCUGAGAGCUCGCUUGCUCUGGUCGGAACUGGUUCCUGGAAACUUUCCCCUUUACAAACUGAAGUCAAGUUUUGGAGAGGGGAUUCAUAAGCCUCGGGAACUGUGGUUUAUUGAAAUUUGAAAACCCCUCACCUGAGGUUUUGUGGGAGGGUGAGCAUGAGCAGCGCCUGCACCCUGGGGAGCUCUCUUGGGGGAAGGGUUUCUCUGUACAGGGCAGCGCUGAUCCAUUUUUGCUCACUCGUUCCAGCUGGGCCUCCACCUGGCUUGAGAAUGGUGCCUUUAGCCUCACAGGAAGGGCCUGGGGAGGAAAAACAAGGGAAAGAAAGGCACCCCAAGAAAAGGCUGCCUGAGGAACCAACUGGUGGGUCUGUGAUAGGUCCUUCCUUCUGCACUGUGCAAAGUCCAUCUUCCCCAGCAUUGAGGAACCGAGUAAGGAAAGAUCAAGAAUCUCAGUCAGGCAGUCUGAUCUGUUCAAAGCUGUUUCCCACCUGCUAGAAUUCAUUCCAAUGGAAAUCACUGGAGGCAUGCAUAAUGAAUGGAGGAUAAGUAAGACUUGAGAAGCAAGUUGGAGUCACCGACUCAUUCUCAUAGCCAAUAUGCAGAUUUUAACUAGCAUUUCCGAUUUCAUUUUAACAUGUCUUGUCUUUCAUAUCACCUGCUGCAGAAUCCCCUGCUAGAAUAAGAAUUCCCUGCUAGAAUAUGAAACUUCAACCAGCCACAGAAGCAGAGAAAGCUAGUCACCUAACUGAGUAGCAGGGUUUUGUAUCCAGGCCUGAAGGUGGGUUUGCAAGGGUUCUCUCGCUGCCUGCUCUGCUUCCAGCUAAAUGUGAUGGGUCUUUCUUUGGUGUUGCCAGCCAUACACUACAAAAUAAGACUUUUCCAUUAGUUAUAAGUAAUAUAAUUUUAUGUACAUACAUUAGAGGAUUGUACAGAUUAUUUCUAUAAUGUGCUUCUCUUGUUUAAAAAAAAAAAACAAAAAUGCUCUUUGAAUUUUGUUGGUGAUAUUGCUGCCUUUAAUUUUCCAUGGUUUCAUGUAAUUGUGUUUACCAGUCAUUGAUUUUUACCGAUACUAAGUUAUGGGUUAUGUUUGCAAGACCAAGCAAUAGAUGGAGGUGCCUGAGAUUAAAUACGCUGUGUGGACGGACCACCUAGAUCAUCAGCUUCAUCAGAACUUUCUCCACCACACCUGUCCCCAAAGUUCACAGUUUAUAUUUAAAGGAGCAUAAUAAUGUAUGGACACUCCUGUCCAGUCUUAGGUGGCUGAACUUUCUGGUUCUAGAAGCAGAGUGACAGAAAAACCUACAAAAACUCUUUGCAACAUUGCCUCCUCUCCUUGUGGGGCCAAGUGGGCUCUGAAGGCAAGUGUGGUCCACUGUGUCAUGUUUUCAGGGUACCAGGGUCAAAGGAAGGCAUCAAGGGGUGCACAUCCAGCCUUUCCACUGGUUUAAGUGUGUGAUGUUGCCAAGUCCCUGUUUCAGGCUAGCGUCAGGCCGUUCCCACUUUGCAUUCAGGAUGUCUCCUUGUCUAUUUCUCUUGAAUGAGCUGGUGGACUCUGCAGUGUUGGCAAAGAUGAUUGAGGGGGAGGUAAUAAUGUUACUGGACUUUCUUCUGGCCCCAGAGAUGCAGCCCCAAUAAUCAAACUCCUUCAAAGGGAACCCCAAAUCCAUCCCUCUUCCCUCCUGUCCCCACUGAAAUAUUCUAGAAUAAGAGCCCUGGAUAAGUACACUUGGACACAUUUCUAAUCUUAGCAAGUUUCUCAAAGGCCUGUUAUCUUGACCCAUUACUCAAGUGUCCCUGGCAUGUUAUCUGUCGUCCAUGUUUCCUGGAGGCAGAUCUGUCAAAGGAUUUCCUUUGCCCUUCUGUACACAGCAGGCAUUAAUAAAUGCUGGAUGACAGACACGUUACUGACAGACGAGAUAAGAAAGAGGAGGAGCGAAACGGAGGUUUUUCUGCAGAGUGACGGCUAAGAUGAGUCCAGAUUACAGAGCCUGCCUUACCCUUAGAAUGUUAUUUAGAUCAAGUUUAGCUUUUAGAGUCCAGGUCUGGUUAAUUGCCAGGUAGCAAAGAAUCGCAUGCACCAAUAUCAACAGGAGUCAAAAUGCAUUAUUAAUUCAAGAUCGAAUUUCACAUGGUAGAGAUGAAGUUGCUGUGAUUAAGCUGCAUAUUCAUGCUGGGAAAUGACUCACGUGAAUGACUGGUAUAAUUGUCGGCCAUAACGUCACAUCUCUCAUCUGCUUGGAAUAUGGAAUAUGUUCUCAACGAUCAGCCGUUGAGGUGUUGUUCACUACAAGAUAAAUUCAAACUUCGCUGAACUUUGCAGCAAUUCACAACUUGACAACAAGAUCGUAUUUGCAAACUCUAUCUUCAAAAAUGUCUAAUAAAGCAAAACUUUGG